CUCCAACGAGUUCCAGGCAGCCCACACUCUGCAGCAUGGCACAAACUUUCUUGUCUGGUUUCCACUCUUUCCCUCCUGAUAUUCAGCAAAAAGUGUACGAUCUUGUAUGCCAAACGCCCACCCCCCUUGGCUUGAUACAGACAUGUCGAUCGCUCUACAACACCCAUGUCCACCAUUUGUACCGUGACGUGGUCCUUGACAGGAAAAAUGCGGCAAAGUUCUUCUACCCGAUCCUCCACGCUGUUGGUAGUGAUGAAGAUGAAGAUGAAAUGCCGACGGUAGACUGGGAUGAUGAUGAUGACCCGCCAGAGAGGUGGCCACGGAAGGAAAGACAGCAAGUCUUCCAGCUCGAUCGAUCAGAUCCGCCGCCGGUACAUAUAGCCCUUUUCCGACCUACAGCGCGCAAGCUACUGCUUCUCAACGAAAUUUCAAGCAUCACCUUUUUGGACGAAGAAGCAGUGUAUCAAACUGAGCGAGCGGCGCUUUUUUACUACAAGAUGAUGAGCAGCUACGCGAGCUUGAAGGCUAUAGCCUCGUGCGGGGGCUAUGUGCAAGAGGUGCUCUUUCUGCUGGCUGACCGUAUUGUGUUUGGGGCGGAUGUGGUUGCAAAGUACAUGGAGUACGGACAGGGACCGCGUCGUGGUGGUGGUUGGGAGGAAAAGGUGCGGAACUUGAGCUAUGCGUUCCGUGGCCCUACGUCGGUGCGAGUCGAGAUCCCGGAGGAUAUGGAGGAGGAGGAGGAGACGGGGGAGGCCGAGAUGUGCAUGAACAGGGCGCUGAUCUACCUGGGAUGCAUCGAGCUAGAGCGGCGUGUUACGAGCAGCGUAAAAGGGCCGGAGCCUGGGCGCAAAACAAGGUUGCAACAAGGGGGGGUAGUAUAAUCAUUAAAAUGAUGAUCCAGAGUUUUGACAGAUCAUUUUUUUUUUAUUACCCUGCAAAAAAUCCAGAUUUCAUUCCCAACGGAGCGUAUAAUUUACAUGC